AUGAAUCCAGUGAGUCCCUGGUUUGCGGCUUUGGCCGACCAAUGUCUCUCGGCCUACCUCGGUCAAAAUGAUCAAGAUGAAAUCCAAGUGGAGGAUUAUGAGGGAUGCCUCAUUUUCAUUAUCCGCAAACCCACAGUAAACACAGCCAUUGUUGUAUCGUGGGGACAAGGAGAAGACAGUCACCGAGCCACAUUCACAGACUCAAAGAAUCAGAUUGAUGCGAUUAUUCUACGCGGCUCGCCGGACGCACAGAAAGAAACCUCACCCUGCCCACCGUCGGUCAAAGGGGGCCCUAGACACCUGGUUGAACUUUCCGACAUCAAGCUCAUUUUUACGUACUCGGCGUCUGUUCCGGAUGUCUACCUUCACGUCAAUCGCUUUACCAUCCACCCGAAUGCAGUCCCGAGAGGGGAUGUGCCGAAACCAAAGCUCAAGAAGACGCCGACUCUCAGAACCCUAAUGACUAUGGCAUCCGAGAAAAUCCGAAAGACACAAGCGCAUCCUGGCUCUAAUAGUCAACCUGAUACUGGCUUGACCGACUCAUUUGUCUCUCAGCGUGAUCAACCCAUGCUACCCCAUCAAAACAACUCGACAUCACAGUUCCUCUUCUCCCAACCCCCGUCUAAUAUACGCCAUGGCACACCGAAGGGUAAUUCAAUGACCAAUCGUGUUUCCCUCAACGGGUCAUCGGAUCUUCUAGGACUGCUCGCGCCUUCUCGUUCGAUUCAAACGGACGGCCCAGCCACUCGAGAACUUCCAGAGACCCGUGGACUAUCUCUAGGUGAACGUAAAACCAGGCGCUCUCCUUUGCCAAAUGAGAUGAAGUCUCUGGCACCACAAGAAAUUGACACAUAUCCAACUGGAACACAACCCUCAUUCCGAAGACUUUCUAGCAACACUGCUGAUGCGACGGGCACUAGUAACUCUGCUACCGAUAUGUCUCUCGCCAAUCUCAGUCAAGAUGUGGAUAACCUAAUAGCGGAGGUUCGAAGUCAGGUCUCGCAAUCCCCAAAUGAGUCGGAUGAUCAUGGCCGGGCUCAUACCGUUGGAACCGGGGAUAACCAGCAGUUUUCGAAAAAAAGACAUCGUGGCAGUACAGAUGCACCACCACAAGAAGCUCGGGAUGAUCACCUGGACUCGCAAGACCCGCAAGACCCGCAAGACCCGCAGAGCCCACACACAUCACUCUCCACAAAGCGACAGCGUCUUGAUGCCAGAGAGGUGAUACCGGCAGACACAAUUGAAUCCGAGCAAGUGCAAAAUAAGGCCAUGCCAUCACUUCCUACAGUGCAGAUCGUAAGCACCAAAACAGACAGUGUGUGCCCAUCCACAACUAAUCCAUGGGAAGGAAUGAUACAAAUACCUCUGAGCGAAGUUGAUAUACCAAAAGAUCAGGCAGAACUUUUGGAAGGACUCAAAUGGAUCCCUCAGGACCCCGGUGUAUCUGCACCUUUAUGCCAUGUACCACCUCAUCUUUUGACGCAAUGGAACAGCAUUGCACGAAGAAGACAACAUUUAGUCGAAGAACUAGAAGAAGAAGAAGAAGAAGAAGAAGAAGAAGAAGAAGGAGAAGGAGAAGAAGACCAAGUAUCCGAAUGUGCCCUUACUCCCACCCCGAACGAUAUCCAAACAUCCCCCAUACCAUGGUCCCCGUCGCCGAAUAGGACCCCUGCUCGAGAUGUUCUUCCGCGAGACACCGCCUCUCCCCCAAGAUACAGAAGGCCUACCAGAAACCCCCCUACGCCAAGCGGCACUCAAUAUAAUGUUUUUCAAUUUGCACAUGAUGGCGAUGUGGACAUGGUGAACGGAUCUUGCAGUGCUUCAUUUCAGCCAGGGCAGAGAGAUAUUGUCGCAUCAAAGGACAAUAUCAAGACAGCAGGGCAACAAAGGUCUCAGUCUCCCGACGAAGUAACAGCAAAGCCGAGAAAUCCAGUGUCUUUGGGCUAUGGUCCUGACGGUGACCCACCCCGAAAAGAAAACGCCCCUAUAUCGCUCGAUAUGGUUGAUGACCUACCCCCAAGUCUAAUACAAAGACAUUCUCAUGAUGAACAGCCCGCGCAAAACCCCCCAUUUAUACCUGAGCUCAGUGAUGAAUCAAGUGACGAUGAGAGCGACGAGCCAGAGAUGGAAACAUAUGUCCCUUUCGCUCUAGGAGGAAGCCUCGGGGCCAUCGCUUCCAAGAUUUGCGGGGGGACUGUCCAAGUAGUGGAGACACCUACAGCCCAUACGAUACGCCUGAAUCCCGAGAAGCAAAGCAAAAAGAAAGUUGGAUUAGCACUCCAGCGCUCUCAGAAUCCAUCCUCUUGGGCUGCCAAGACAUCCUCCUCAUCUCGAAUCCUCAAUACCUACCGCUCGCAAGAUACCAACGGGCAAAGCGAUCUAUCUCAAGAGACACCAAAUCCAUCUUUACCAACAUUGGCAGACGAGUCACUGCGAGUGGACGUGCUAUGUACUCAGACUCAAACAAGCAGCGUACAUGCACUAUCACAGGCGACAGUCCAGUCGUCUUCGGACGUUGUACUUGAUUCAUCAAGACCUGCUCAGCGACAGCGUGGCUCGUCUAUCUUCCAUUUAGACCCCUCGGAUGACCCAUCGUCUGUUCCUUAUUCCGGGUGCCACUCGCUACCCAUGUCUCAACUUCAUGAACCAAGUCAAGAUUCUUCCAGAGGACCUUUUUCCCUUGACGGAGCCUCGCAAUUGCCGGAAUUGUCACCUAUGGAAUUCACCGCCUGGGUCGCUGCUCACGGAGAAUCACCAUCCAAAUCUUCACGCUCUCCUCGCCGCGGGAGUGCUGAUACUGGCCAAAAGGCAUCCCCCAGGCCAAAUGUCGAUUUGGUAGCACGGCGGCAGGGCUUUAUCGGCAAGUCUGACAAAUACGCUGAAGCACAGACAAUUUAUGAAAAGUUCUGCAAUGAUUACUCGCCAUAUUCUGGUGAUUUCGCUCACUUUGUAGAGAUGUGCUCGAAACUGCAGACAAUGCGGCAAAGGGGCCAGCUGCAACGGUCGUUCUUAUGGGAUGACUUUGUCAUCCAACAUCUGGAGGAGUACCCACGCUAUUUUGCAGAGCGCACAUCUCAACAGUCAAAGGCACUAGAUUACGAAGUUUUCUUUUGCUCGACAUUCUCACGCCCCCAGCACAAAAAGAGAAGCCUAACAGCCCAUGGAGUUGACAUAGUCGCCUCUCAGUUUGUUCCGCCUACCAUUGAAGGCGAGGAAACUCAGGAUAAAGCGCUGCAAAGCGAAGCGGCCAACUCUUCUUUCACCGCCAGUCUUGUGGGAAAGCUUUCAACCCUUCAUACGCGCUCAUUUGUUGAUGUUCCUGUUCCGGAUGUCGACAUGCCAAUUUCAACGCAGUCAUCGUCAUCCUCUACUGACACUGGCCCAGAUUCGGUGGAGGUCAAAGUUGAGGCAAACGAUUCAUCCAGUGGGUCGAUUGGCUCCCAAAUUAUCAUUAACAGCAACGAGCAGCAGCCUGUGCUCUUCGGUCUUGAUGAAAAGAAGGUCGAUGCAACGCAAUACGACGCAGAUAACACUCGCGUUGCGCCUGAUCCGAACGACGUUGACAUGGCCGAACCCGGCAUGGACGAAGUUGACGAUACACAGGAAGGAGACGAUACUCACCAUGAAACUGCCAGCAUUGAACUUGGCGAUGAUACUGACGAUCGCCACAUCUCUGCCUCUCCCGCCCCGCCCGACCCGCCCGCGGCCCUGGGUUCUCUCAAUGCUGCCGUGAUCGAGCCUCGAAGGCAACGAAGACCUUGGUUCCGAUCUCUUCGGAACAUAUACCCCACAGGUCCUGUGUGGUCUGAUGACCCCGACACGCCAUUCAAGCGCUGGGCUCGCCAAGAUCAGAAUGUUCUUCAGGAACUCAAUCGUCGCGGUGGAGCUAGAGUUCUACUUGAUGAGAAGGGUGUCAUUUGUCGGCCCACCUACAACCAAAGGAAGAACCCUAAUCCCUAG